UCAGAGCGACCUAUCGUCCUGCUCGCGAGACAGAAAAUAGGAGGGCUUUAGACUAAUCAGGACCUCAGAGGAGUGCGCCCUCCCGAGCGAGGCGUGGAAGACAAGGUGGACAGCAGCGACUAAUCAAUGCACUCGCCUGAUACUACACUCGCCUUCGGAGCGGAACAGUAGCUCGCGUUUGAUUUCACUCGCUCCACUGUGUUAUAUCGUCUCCGAAUGAACAGCCAUGGGGGAAUGGACAAUUCUCGAGCGUCUCCUGGAGGCGGCUGUCCAACAGCACUCUACUAUGAUCGGGAGGAUCCUACUGACAGUGGUGGUGAUCUUCCGGAUUCUAAUCGUUGCAAUAGUAGGAGAGACCGUGUACGACGACGAGCAGUCCAUGUUCGUGUGUAACACUUUACAGCCAGGCUGUAACCAAGCUUGCUAUGACAAAGCGUUCCCUAUAUCUCACAUCAGAUACUGGGUGUUCCAGAUCAUCAUGGUUUGCACACCCAGUCUGUGCUUCAUCACAUAUUCGGUGCAUCAGUCGGCCAAACAGAAGGAGCGGAGAUACUCCAUGGUCUACCUGUCCCUUGACAAAGAUCCCGAUUCAAUGAAACGAGACGACAGCAAAAAGAUCAAAAACACCAUCGUGAACGGAGUACUUCAGAACACAGAAAACUCCACCAAAGAAUCUGAGCCUGACUGUUUGGAAGUGAAAGAGAUCCCCAGUUCAGCCAGGAGAACUACCAAAUCUAAAAUGAGAAGACAAGAGGGCAUCUCAAGGUUUUACAUCAUUCAGGUGGUUUUCAGGAACGCGCUGGAGAUCGGUUUCUUGGUGGGGCAGUAUUUCUUGUACGGAUUCAACGUUCCUGCCGUGUACGAGUGCGAUCGCUACCCUUGCAUCAAAGACGUUGAAUGCUACGUUUCGAGACCCACUGAGAAAACCGUGUUCCUCGUCUUCAUGUUUGCGGUCAGUGGGAUUUGCGUGGUGCUCAACCUUGCAGAACUCAAUCACCUGGGCUGGAGGAAAAUUAAAACGGCGGUGAGGGGGGUUCAGGCCAGGAGGAAGUCCAUAUACGAGAUCAGAAACAAGGACUUACCGCGGAUGAGCAUGCCGAAUUUCGGCCGCACCCAGUCGAGUGACUCAGCCUAUGUCUAAUGUUCCUUCAUGUGGUUCAUCAAAGCAGAGGUGCUCAAUCCUGGUCCAGGAAGACCUCAGGUUGCACAUUUUAGAUGAAUCACCCAUUUUAAGUCUUGGAGCCUCUAUUCUAAAUGAAUAGUUCACUCAAAAAUGACAAUUCUGCCAUCAUUUACUCAACCUGUGUCGA